UCAUUGGCCGAAAUCGGAAGAGGGUGGCGCAUGCGCGUUAUGCCGACGCCAUCUCUGAAACUACUGUGCCUAUUAUGUACUUGUUCUAGAGUAAAGUGAAUGCUAAUUCGUGGUUAAAAGUGCGAAUACAUCAUGGAAUUACGUGGUCGCGAGUGAGAUCGUGUGAUUUUCAGUGUUAUCGGAGGACUGAGUGUAUUGGCGCGGUGAGGGUCUUCGGCGGGUGUCUUGCGGAAGUUUCUUGACUAUAGCAACGCAUUAUUUUUUGCGGCUAUCUCCGCCGCGGGCCGCCACUUUCGGAUAUUUCAUGGGCCUUUGUCAUCGCAGCAGACAGUGCUCGUGUUUGAGGACGCUGACGCGUUCGGAAUGAAUUCUGCUCUCAAACCGGUGCUACCGCAGCCGGGGGUCCCUCAACCAGGCGGGCAGCCGAGCCCGGCUAAGGGUAACGUGGCCAGCGUCAACCACUCAGUAGGCCAUCCUCAGGGAGCGCAGAAUUCCCUCCAUCACGGUACCAAUAACCUGGUAGGACAGAACUUGACACACCACGCGCCGCCGCCGCCGCACGUGCCGGUGCCCCCUCACGCGGUGCCGUCUAUGGCGCCAGUGUCUGCCAACAUGGCUCAGAUGGCACAGAACAUGAGUCACCAUGGCAACUUGUCUCACGUCACGCAAAACUCCGUCACAUCCACAAAUACAGCCAGCCCUAGUAAAAGUACCACUGGAGGACCCAUCAGCCUUGUCCAAGAGAAGGCAAAUGCAUCACAACCUCUAGCACUAACCCGCACUCCGGAAAAGAAGGAACCAGACUCCACUGGUCCCGCUAACGGCACUAUUGACUCACCAAAGUCAGGUACCAAUGUGCCAAGUACUUUGAAACCUCAGAAUCCAGAGACCAAUAAAGACAAGCAGGAUAUUGCCAGGACCUCACCAAGUACACCAAAACCGCCUGAAAAGCCGUCCAGCACUACAAACACUCCACAGAAAAGUGAACCGGCCAACCCUGUGAGUCAGACUGAUAGUCCAGCUCAGCCUAAGGUGGCCACAGCUAAUGAAGCACCUGAGAAGUCUCCAUCUAAACCUACCGAGCUUAAGCCAUCUCCGGCAGCAGAUGUUGCACCAACACAAAGUGACAACAAACCUCCGGAAACUGCCAAUGACAGUCAGUUACAAGAAAAGGCACCAACACCUGUGAAACAAGAUGCACCUGUGGCAGAAAGUGCUAAAACUGAAUCCAAACCAGAAGAAAACAAGGAGGAACCUAAAGUAGAACCACAGGCAACAGAAGAGAGCAAAAAAGAGGAAGUGAAGCAAGACAAGCCAGAGCCAGCUCAGAAAGAAGAGAGUUUGGAGAAAUCUCCCAGUGGGGAGGAGAAAGUUGAGGAGAAAAAAGUAGAGCCAAAGCCUGUAAAAGUGGAGCCUAAACCAAAAUCUACUUUGAAGUUGGCCACCGUCACUCCGCCCAUGCGAAAGAGGAGACAAGCUUCUCCAAGCAAAGCAACUGAUGGACUGGGGUCAGCCAAAAAGGCCAAUGACGGUGAAGGUACUCCAGACACAAGAACUAAGAGGAAUAGAACUAAGGUGCAGUUGUACCAAUCGCCGACUCCUGAGCUGGCGAUGGCCACCAAACUGUCGGCGUCGGCCGGUCGUUCCACGCCGACCAAACCCAACGACGAUAAACUCAUCGUGUUCUAUAAGAACGAGUACCUAGCCGUCCGUAACGCUGAAGGCGGUUUCUACGUAUGCCAAGCGAUGCAGAAUGUGUACCGCACGACGCGCAAGAUCAAGAUCCGCUGGCUGUCGCAGGACAAGGCCGCGGACCCGUCCGGCGAGACUUACAAACCUGACUUCUACGAUGUGACGGACAUGGAGUGCGUGCUGACGACGCUGUCGCUGUCGCGCGGCGGCGGCGGCGCGCAGCUGCUCCGCGCGGCCGAGGCGGCGCGCGCCACCUCCAUCCUGCAGCGCGCGCUGCGCGCCGAGCGCGGCUCCGAGCAGCACCACCCGCUCACCGAGGAGCACCCCGACGGACUGGAUCUAUCGCUAUACACAGACGAAUCACAGCUGGAGAAGAAGUCUCGCAAGCGGAUUAGCUCGAAGUCUUCGCCGCGGAACAAACAGGACAACUCUGAGGACGCUGCCAAUGAUGCGCCAACGCCGAAAAAAGCGCGAACGACGCCAAAGCGUAGUCCGAAAAACGCGCGCAAAACAAAAACUCCGCCCGCACACAGUAAAACAAAUAAUAAGCGAAAGUCGUCAGGUAGUACGCCCGCUGUGGCGACCACAAGCAAGGUAGGCAUAGUACAACGGAUAUAUAGAAAUACUGCCACAGCGGUGACGGAAAAGGCCAAAUCAAAAACACCGGCCAAAAGAACACCGACCAAACAGAAAGAGAAAGCGGACACGGCCGCCACGCCGGUGCGCAAAGGAAGGAGAUCGGUUAGAGAGUUGAAAUCGUCACCGAUAGUGCCAACUCCGUCGACUUCCACCGGAAAAACCACUCGCACGCCGCGAAAACCACCGGCAAAGAAAUAAUACACCGACGCGCCUUGACGGUGUUGUACAAGUGUUUGGACACCUGUGGCUAACACAUUAAUCUAUAGUAACGUUAGCGGAACGAGACGAUUGUGUGCGUAGUGGUAAGCAACCCCUCCAUUCUUCCCUAAAUCAAUAAGGUUGACGAUAAAUCAACUCUGUGUUCAUAGGGUAUCACAUAGUGAGUGAUAUUGUCGAGCUUCUUUAAACCAGACUACGAUGGUGCAAGGAAGGGUGAAGGAUGAUUUUUAUUUGGUUUUGUUGCUCGACUGGUGGGCAGUACACAAGUUGGCAACUCCAACGAAUACGUACCCCUACAUGCGGAAACGUGUCGUUUCGAUAAUUUACCUACGGAUAUGUACUUUAAGUGUCUUACCUGAUAUAUUAAGUACCGGGUUCGUGCCCGAUAUGGUCGACAUCUGGGUCGAUAUAUCGAUUGGCGGGGCUAGAGUUGAACACGGCCUUUCGAUAAAUGUUGUCUGAGGUUCAUAUAUACAAGCGAUUCAUAUCGUAUUCAAGUAGGCUAAGGUUUAUUUUCGAUUUCAUAAAAUAUUUUUUACAUACUUCAGACAAUGUGGAGAAGUAACUCCAUUUCUCGACGUUUUUUUUUUUGUUGUAAAAAGGCCUAUGAUGUUCCAUGAAAGUGAAUGAGAGUAAAAUAUUGUUUGAUCUAAAUAUAAUCAGUGUUAUUAAAUGGUUAAUAGCAUGUAAAUGCGGACAAAUCAUAUAAUUAGAAAAAUAUUGUGCCUUGAAUUUAAAAAGGCAACAACGAAGAAAAAUAAAACUACGAGUCGCCGUGUGCUCACUCUAACCCCUUUACAAAAUUUUAUCGAUAUUCGAUAAUGAUGUAGAAUCGAUCUAUCGACAUUGAUAUAUGAAUGAUGUAAAAGAAUAAAUUUAUUAGAACACAAUGUGGUUAAGUGUGUGAAAUGUAGUUUUAAAUCUAUUUUUAUUUGUUAUCUCUGUAUCGCUGUUGUGGUUUAUGAGUACUGAGCUUGGACAGAAUUUUAUGGUGGACUCAUACAAAUAAAAUAUAUAUUAUGUUGUUUUCAACUCUUUUACUUUUUAACAGUUUAUUUGUCCUUUACUUGAAAUUGGCAACAAAUAUUGAAGGCGCAAUAUUUUUAAUACAGAGUUCUGUGGUCUGAAUGUUAACUUGAAUAACUAAGACAGACUUCAACCAUGGAAGAGCAAUAUUUUAUUUACCAUCUAUAAAUAUUUACUACGUAUAUGUCAACGAGUAUUUAUACUUAUUUAAAAUUGUAAAACGCAAUACUUUUAUGUCACUGACCAUAACUUACUGUGUGCACCCGCUUUAUAGUACCCAGAGUUAGUUCUAAAAUUGCUCAAAGCAAAGUGCUCAUCAACAAUGCAGCAAUAGCUUAAUAUCUUGUAUCUUUUUAGAUUUAUAUUUAUUUCUUUGACAGCGUAUUCACACCCGCAUAAUCGUUUUACUUUGUUUUUAAUUUACUAAUUUCUGCCUUCUAUAUGAAUGUUGUAAAAAAGUUUAUUUUUAUGUAUGCUUUUUUAAAAAAAUAAGUACAUGUUAUAACUAAACAAGUAGCACAAUUUAAUUAAACAUUUUAUUAAGUUUGAUGUUAAGAUGAAUUCAUGAAUGUUCAUUUUUGAUGGUGUCUCAUACAUUUAAAUCAAGAUAGAAUAAUUAAAGUUUAUAUUUAGCGCUUUUUCUUGGUAUCCGAUUAAGUGUUGCCAUGUUCGAUGUGUAAUUUCUUCUAUUUUUUAUUUUUCUUGUAUACCGUAAUGUGAAGCAAUAAAUGUGUGUUAGGCCGCCUUCAUGUUGUCGAAUGAAACAGAUUUUAAUAUAGUGCUGGGUAUGUGGAGGCGUCCUUGUUAGACAAUGAAGAUCUAUAACAUCACAAUGUUUUUUCUAAUAAUGUAUUUUGAACGUUUGAAAAGUGAAUUAAUAGCAAGUUAAUAUAGUUUUACUAAUGUGAACUAACUAUUAAAGAUAAGUAGAGAUCCCUGUAAAUAUUAUACAUUAACAAGAAAUGUUAACGAUUUACCGUGUUCGCUGUUUUAAAGGGUCAUGUUACAUUUAUUCGCUAUCGUAUAUGAACAUAUACAAUUGAUUUAUGGUAUAAAGCUUGUAGAACUCGCCGGUAAUGGCGAAUAUUUAGGCACUGCGCCGAUGUGUCCACGGGAUGGGAUAAAAAAUGGCAUUUAUAAUUUGGAACUCAUUUAUUGUGAGGACUGUUUUCAUUGACCGGGUUAACUAAGCCGCGUAUGAAUGUACACAUCCCUUGAAAUCAGCAGCACGCGACGACGGGAGGAGGUACUUUUUACCUCUGUAAAUUUUAGGCAAUAGUUUUAGUUUUUUUUUGUUUUUGUAAGUUUAGGCUAAAAAUUCUAAAUUUUGCGAAAGUAUUCAAUUAGGUGUCGCGACGGAAAUCUUGUAUAUCAGUACAAAGAAUUUAAAAAUUUAUCAUAUAAUGUUUUUAUCAUUGGAUGUUUUCGCUUCACAUAAAAUAUAUUUUGAUAUGAUCAGUGUUGGUUUAGCGUGUGGGUUUUGUCGCGCGUGGAAUAUUCAGUCACGUUUUUGUGUAAAAUUAAGUCGUUGAGGUUUCAAAAAUUUCAUCGAUAUACGUUACUUUCGAGGUCUGGACCAAGCUUUUUAAUGUAAAAAAAUAAUAAUCGUGUGAUUAAUUCACUAUAUCAUGUACAGUCGAAUACCAAAAUGUUUAUAUGAAUCACUGCCUCCUGUAAAAUAUAUCUUGAGACAUCUUAUAGAUAAAUCAAAUCUUACCCUUGUUACACACAACUUUAUCAAUAUAGGUCGAGUUUUGUGGGUAUUUGUUAUAAAUUAAUUGUUACAUUCGAGAAAACAAUUAGAUUACCAAAUGAACUUGUGGCAGCAUGCAGCUACUAUUGUAUUAAUCUGCCAAAAAAAACCAUUACUACCUUAAAAAAAAGAUACAAAAAUACCUGCGAAACUCGAGUACUUUUGUACACGAUGUUUUAUAUAUUGUCGUUUAGUUUCGUGGUUGUCAACACAAUGUCUGAUGGUAACGGUAUCGUAUGUUUUCAUUAUUUUGUUUUCACGUUCGAGACGCGUGCGUGUGAGACGUAUUAGAAAAUUUAAGUACCUAAUUUCUAUCAUUAUAGGUAUUGAAUAGGUUAAUUUCUAAAGAGAUAUAAGCUUAGGUUAUAAAUUAUUGUGUGUGUAUUUUCUGUUCAUAGUGUGAACGCAAGGAGGGUAUGUGUCACGUCUUGACACUCUGGUACAAUAGUGUAUGACAUAUUUUAAGCGUUUUAUACAAAAAUUAUUGAUAUCAGUUCAAGAGUACUAUUGUAACAGAAAGUCCACAAAUUUAUAUGCAAUUCAGAAUUAAAUAUAAUAAUUUAAGAAAAUCA